AUGCUACUUUUACAAUCAACAUUACUCAUUCUUUAUACAACUAUCACCUUGAGCCAAGAACCUGAAGACAAUACCGAUGUCGAAAGUACUUCAAGUUACAACGACACCAGUGUCAGAGAGUCCAGCAGAACCAACAGUCUCAGCAAGGAGCAUCACCGCAUAGUGGGAGGAAAGCCUUGCGUAAAAGAAAACCACGGCUUCAUGGUAUCCAUCCGCAGACCUCUUCACCAACACAUCUGCGGUGGGUCUCUUCUGAGUCGUCUGUGGGUUCUUUCUGCGGCUCACUGCAAAGCAUGGUACUGCUCGGCCAUCAUCGGUCUGACGAACGACAAAACCGAUAUCGACAGCAGUAUAGUGUCUUCUUUCGCAGAAUGGAAACCUCACCCGCAUUACCAGAAAGCCAAGCUCAUCAACGACAUAGCAUUAGGCAAGCUAGAAGAGGCUGUAGAGUAUGACAGCUUCGUGAGGUUACCGAACAAGCCUGUUUCCACGGACGAUUUGCUCUCUGCUUGUGGGCGGAAGGCGUUGGUAAUGGGCUGGGGAGCGAUGAGCCACUCGAUAGCACAAGCGACAGAGAAGCUGCAAUGUGUGUACUUGCCAGUCAUUUCUAAGGAUGAGUGCCUGGGACUCUACAGCUCCUACAAUAACCCUGUGAAGCUGAUGUCAAUAGAGCAGGGCAUUUGCACGUUCUCAGAUGAGAAGAAGGACGCUUGCUCAGGAGAUUCCGGGGGGCCUCUUCUUUGUGAGGACGUUCAGUACGGGGUAGUGUCUUGGGGGAAGGACUGUGCGGUUUUUCCAGGGGUUUACACUCGAGUGGAUGUUCAUUUGGAAUUUAUACGGUUAACCAUGUUGAAUAAACCGUUCGUUUUCUCUGGUGCAAGAAGGAUCACCCGAUUUUCUGCAGUGCAGAUGGUUUUGAUGAGUGCUUUAGUUUUGUUGACUCGGAAAAUGAAUGGUGUUCCAGAUGUUCCAAAGUAG